AUGCCUUCAGCCCUAAGCAACCAGUCGAGCGUCAAAGCCGACUCCUCGGCGAUCGAUGAAACCGAGCAAUCCACCAAGCCGGCGGAAGAUCCUCAGUUGGGCCUAUUCCACCAGGUAUUUGACUGGCUGCAGCACGAGAAGACUAGGAGACAGGCACGCAAGGCACGACGAGCUGAGGCUGUCUCUGCGACCGCUGAGGGCACUAGCUCCAGCGCUCCGGUCGAGGAUGAACAAUCGGAGGAUCCCCACCCUUGCUCCGAGAGCACCUUCUCUCUGGAUAAGUUGGAGAAGAUCCUCCUUCAGUUUGCGGGUCCCGGAAAUGUGGAUGCGCUUGGGGCCCUACAUUCGUUAAAGCGGGCAUCUCGCCGCCGUCCAAAGGGGUUGCGACGGGGAUCUGCUUCGGAAUCUGAUUAUACAGAUGUUGAAGCGCCCGUCCCGGGCGUGGAAGCUUAUCUCGAUAAUUCGAAGACCCUUGCCUACAUGACGAACGAUGUCGCAGAUGAGGAAAUUACUGCUAGCACCGCUUCUUUGAAGCGUAGCAAAGACCGCGAGGCCUGGACCACAUUUAGGACUGAGAUCGUGCGUCUUGCGCACACGCUGCAGCUCAGGGGCUGGCGCAAGGUGCCAAUGGAAAGCGCCGAUGAAAUUGAAGUUAUCCGGCUCAGUGGUGCUUUGACUAACGCCGUGUAUGUUGUGCGGCCGCCGAAGAAUUUGCCUGCUCUAAAGACUGAGAACCGAGGUGGCCCGCCAGUCUCAAGGAAGCCUCCGCCGAAGCUUUUGCUGCGUAUCUAUGGCCCCCAGGUGGAUCAUUUGAUCGAUCGUGAGAAAGAACUGCAAAUUUUGCGUCGUCUGGGCCGCAAGAACAUCGGUCCUCGCGUGUUGGGAACUUUCCUGAACGGCCGCUUUGAAGAAUACUUCGAUGCCCGUCCCUUGACACCUAAAGAGCUUCGUCUCCCCGAGACCGCAAAGCAGAUUGCCAAGCGAAUGAGGGAGCUUCACGAUGGCAUUGAACUUCUCGAAGAAGAGCGAGAGGGAGGUCCUAUGAUUUUUAAGAAUUGGGACAAAUGGGUGGACCGUUGCGAGCAAGUCACCACUUGGCUUGAUAAAGAACUAGAGUCCCCGCAAAAUGAGAUCAAGGCAGCUACUGAACCGUGGCGCCGACGCGGCUUCGUCUGCGGUGUGCCCUGGGCCAUGUUCCGCAAGGCGGUAGAGAACUAUCGGCUUUGGCUCAUCGCUAGUUGCGGUGGUAUGGAUGAGAUCAAGCGUCUGCUUGUGUUUGCUCACAACGAUACUCAAUAUGGCAAUCUUCUCCGGAUGGAACCUGCCUCGGAAUCGCCGCUUCUUCUUCCAGCAAACGAGCACAAGCAGCUCGUUGUUAUUGACUUUGAGUAUUCUUCGGCAAACACUCCUGGUGUUGAAUUUGCCAACCACUUUACCGAGUGGUGUUAUAACUAUCAUGACGAAGAGCGCUCAUGGGCCUGUAACAACCGCCUCUAUCCGACCCCCGAGGAGCAGCGCCGCUCCGUCUUGACCUAUCUUACUCAUCGCCCUGGCGUAGCCGGUGGCGGAUCCGCCUCGCCAGCCAUUCACGGCCGCCACGCAACUGCCAUCACGCCUCUGAGCCUCGAUGACACACCUGACGGGUUCAGCUCGCAGCAGGUGCAGUCCAAUGAAGAAGAACUAGAGGCUAAAGUGCAUGAUCUCAUGCACCAGAUCCGGCUGUGGCGAGUUAUGAAUUCCGCGCAAUGGGUCGCUUGGGGUAUCGUGCAGGCAAAGGCACCAGGCAUGGAAGAAGGACUUGCCGACGUGACUGCUGCUAACAACAGAGAUUCGAAGAAUGGACACGAUGAGGAUGGUAACGGGGAGAACAAGGAACACCUUGUGGACGCUGAUGUCGAUGAGGAAGACUUCGACUACCUUGCUUAUGCGCAGGACCGAGCCCUAUUCUUCUGGUCUGAUCUUUUGGCGAUGAAUCUGGUCAACCCAGACGAGCUGCCUCGGCCCAUGGUUGAACAUUUACGGGCACGAGCUCUUGAUUAUUGA